AUUGUGCGAGUUUGUGAAUGAUAUGUGAAAUUAUCGAAGAGACGGCAGUAAAAAAGACAGCUAGCAUUCUUUGUGUUAAUUUUGCUCACAGAGAUUGCUCAAGAUGGCUGUUACAUUAGAUAAGAUACAGAAAAUAUCUUGUACAUUAGAUAAACUGAGAAAGAAUUUACAGUGUGUAAUAUGCUUGGAGCUGCUUAAGGAUCCAGUGCAGACACGAUGUCGUCAUUCCUUUUGUCAAGACUGUGUAAGCACCCUUCUCCAGAAGUCACGUCAUCCACAGUGUCCUUUAUGUAAUACUGCUCUUGGGCGUCGUGGUAUCAGUGAGGACCCAAAGAAAGCUGCUCUAGUGGACAUCUGUCAGCGUCUUACCAUUGCUGUGCAGCUUGAUCUUGGCAUUGAUGUGGAAUCGUACAUAGCUGCCAAUUCCAGUUCACAUGAGGCUUUUAUAGAUUCACCAAGGCACAAAAAGUUUGGUUUAUCAGACAGUAACAAGGAAAAUAACAACCUAAAUGAUUUUCUCAAAUUGGGAACGGAGCCAAGUAGCCAUAAAACUUCUACAGUGCAAAGCUCAGUGUCUGCCAGCAAAGUAAAUGGGAAUGUAGCUUCCAAAAGUAACAGCUGGUCUAAGGUGAAAGAAAACAUUAUUAACAGUGAUACAUCAGGCCAAGCAGAAGCUGGACAGGAUGGUCGAAACACAUGGAAAAAUUCUCCCUGUGAUCAACCCUCAUCUUCAAGAUCGAACAACAAAGUCUACAAGAAUAAAAAGGAAAAUUCAAAAAAGCUGGAUAAUUUUUUAUUGCCUGCCCCAGUUGACAGACCUAAGGGACAGGAUACUGGCCAUCUAGGCAGAAACAGAUUAUCUAUGACACGUGGAUUCCAGAGUGGAGGAAGUGAUGAUAAAUGCUUUAGCAGUGCUGUAGUAGAACAGACAUCCAGUGAGGCUGCUACUGCUGGACAAAGCUCUGGUGGAACCAGUGAGAAAUAUUGUAAGAGCUAUAAGGGACCAAAGACAGCAAACAGUAAGGCGGUACCUGGCUCUCUGGUGACAAUAGACCGUGUGUCAUCCUCUACGAAAGUUGAAAAAUGGCUGGAAAAGAAUAUUUGUGAAGCUGCAUUAGAAGAGUCAUUGCAUCCACCUACACCUCCAACAAGAUCACGUUCAUCAUCUACCUCUUCAUUUUCAUCAAAUGAUGAUUUGCCCUUGCUGUCAGUGUCUCAAAGACCAGAAGGAGGUGGUAUUUUUCCACAGACCUCUCGUGAAAUGUAUAAUACAAACAGUCCUGCCGAUCCAUAUGAGUUUGUAUCCAGUCAAGAUGUUAGAAAACCAGUAAAACAUAGGAAACCUGGGACUAAACCAAUAGGAGAUGAAACACUUUCACAAUUACUGCCUCCCCCGUCAAGUAACCCUAUUUCUCAGGAUAUGUCUGAUAUUUGUAAUUUAACAGUGAAUAACACCUUUGAUCGUCUGCUGCUUAGUAGGAAGGAAAUUCAGAAACAUAAACAGCCUCCACAGAAAAAAAAUUCAGAGAAAGAGUGUACUCUAUUUACUUCUCCUCCUUCAGACAAUGAUGAUGACAACCAACAGUCUGACUACCAGUCUUUCAUGGCCACAACUACAGCUGUCACCACAUUUGCAACUGUUGUCACAACUACAACCACUGCUAUCAGUGCUGCAUGCACUACCUUUGCCAAUUCACCAUGCAGAUCAGACACUGAGUCACAGCACUUCAAACCUCAUGUGUCAUCAACUCAAGCAGGCAAUGACGCCUCUGCAAGUGACAACAGCAUGAAGACUGUGCUCCAUGUACAGCUGCCCCAGAAAUCCAGGGAAUCAGAGGCCAACAAUGAUAAGACAGUUAGAGAUUCACAGCUCCUUUGUCAAUCAAGAAGUGAGUUGCAAAAUGGUAACGAUCCGGCAUCGUCACAGCACAAUUCAUCACAGACUGUGAAUGACAAAGAGAUCACCUCACCAUCAUCAGAAAAUGACCCUUAUGAUCGAAAGACGGUGCUGUUUCCACGAAUUCCGCCUGUGCUGCGCACGCCAGAUAGUCGAAGUUCACGCCUAGCAGCUCAAGCACCCGACACGCCAUCAUCUGCAGAGCCAUUCACACAUUUUGAAAGUCCAGUUCAGGAUACCUCAGCUCUUGAGAGACUGAUUCAGGGUAGUGAUUUAGAAUCCAUUCCUGAUGGAACUAUAGUACUUGAUUCACAGAGAAAUUUAGGAAAUUUUUAUGGACUGAAUCAGUCCAACACGAGAAUGGAACCAGUGGAGGCUGUAACAACAAAUGAAGACGUUGUUCGUCCUUACACUGCACGUUUUCCACCUCAGUUAACACCAGAAGAGCCUUCUAAAGCUUCAGAACUUCAUCGUUCAACCCAGUGUUUGACGUCGAUGCAAUCUUUGGCUCCAGUGCUUGCAGCUCCAGUGGCUCCCACCGCAGUUUCAGACUCUGCUCCACAGCCAACCUCCAUUGUAUCUCCAACAUCAACCAUAGGAAAACAAGUCUCUGCAAUCAGUUCUGUUACAGCUAAAGAAAAUAAGGGUAAAUUUGGAAAAAUUGACCGUGAUUUGGAAAAUGUAGAUUCAAGACUAGGGCGUGAUGAAGCUGUAUCCGGUAAAUUGUCUCCUGCUGCAGCUGUUCCUUCUAGUUUGCAACUAGGAAACACAGGCAAAGUAGCACCAGUUUCUCUUGCAAUGGAUGUAUGGAUUGGUUUAAAUAACAAUGGAACUAUGCCACCAAAAAAACCAUGUGUCACAUUCACCCUAGACACGGAAAGUAACUCAUGUUGGUCUAAACCCGUCAGUUUGCAAGGGCAUGUGGAUGUAAGUUCAGCAGAGGCAAGUGGACGUCGCCGAAUUUCCAUUGCUCUUACUUUGGACUUUGAAGGAUCUGAGGCUCCACAGACAAGCCUAGAAGCCAACUCUGAGGAAAUUUCUGUUGAUGUUCCUAUGAGGUUGAAACCAACACCUACACAAGAAGGUCUAACACGGAACACCCACGAUGCUCAAUUGAACUACGGUGGGUGCAGGUUGUCAACACUGGCCGCUACACAGGUGCAGCAUUUGCCAUCUACCCGUGAGGAGAAGACCAGUUGGGCCCCUUCUGAGAAAAGUCAAACGCAGAGCCAGCAUAGCCAGUGUUUGAGUCAGCCACCUUCUAAAAUGAAAGUGGAUGACUCAGCUGCCAAGCCAAGUGUCAAAUACGUUCACAGUGAUAAUCCAAAAGUGUCAGAUACACUGGACAGAACCCCAAUGCAAACUCAGAGCCAGAGAAACACUCCAUCUGCAUCAGUUACCAUAGACAGACCUCUCACACAAAUGCAAAAUAAUUCUUCUCAGGCUAGCUUUUCAAAAAAGACCAGUCAGGAGAAAUCUGCUGUUCAGACAAAACAUUUGAAAGGUAACUCCCCCUCUGGUGAAACAUAUCCCAAGAACAGCAAUACUUUACAAAGUAAUUUGUCCAGGACCCCACAAGCUGUCGUUGACAGUGAAGGAGUUUGCUCUCAGUUCCAACAGAGUGACUCAGCAGAUAAACAAGGGGUGUCUGUCAGGGAGUCCCAAUCACAAAAAUCAGGUGAGAUGGCAUUGGUAGUAUCUGGCUGCAGACAAAAACUAUCAACGUCUCCUUCAGUACGUGGCACAGAGGGCUCAAUCAGUAGGUCCAGCUCACAGAAAUCAUGUGCGGUGGCAUUGCCAGCAUCUGGUAAUACACUAAGACUGUCAGCAUCUCCUGCAGUGCGUGACACUGUUGGUACUCCUGUGACGAAAGAGUUAAUGACUACAGAGAAUGGGAAUUAUUUUCCAUCUUCUCUUCCACAAGGUGAUGUUAGUAGUCAUGAUACACUACGUGAAAAUGGUGUAGUAGGAACCCAAAAUGGAAUCAAUGCAGAAGACAAAUAUGCACCAAGUGCUACACUCUUCAGUUCUGAUGAGGCUGCUGAGGAAGACUAUGGACUGGGAAACAGUCAGUCACAAUGCAGGAAGAGAAAAGCACCUGAAACUACACCAUCAUCAAGCAACAAGAAAACCAGAAGAAGAAGUAAUACUGAGUUGGAUUCUGAACCUAUUGAUUCAGAAGAGCUUAUGUGUCGAGUAAUGGAUGCUGUUGAUAGAGAACUUGGAUUACCUCCCAGAAAAGGGGAAUCCAAGCAAGAGACCCAGAAAUCUAAGCCAUCUACACUGGAAAUAACACCUGGUACGCAGUUGUGCUCCCAGGAAAGAUUAAAUAUGCAGUAUAAAUUUGAUGCCAAAAAUUGUGGGCCACCAUCAUAUCAGCAGACUCCACCACCACCAUCAUUGAGUGUCGCAGUGUUGGAAAGUGAUGAUGAUGACGACGAUGUAGUAGAGGCUACUCCAAGAGAUGUCUCUGCCCACAGCAUCAACUCCAGUAAGCACACAACUGUGCACAAAACACCUCAGAAACCAACAGCAUUAGUCCCAGGGCAAAAAACAAUAGCUGCUAGAAAAUCUACUUCACAAAGUACCCCACCGUCUGGUGUAAGAAAAGCACAAAGAGAUAUUUCAGUAAUGUCUCCAAAGCAGACAGAUUCAUGUGCCAACUUUCAGAAGAAAGAAUAUAUGAAUGCAGAUCAUCAGAGAAGAACUGUUACAUCAUCUCCUAGUGCUAAUAAAAUUGUUGUUAUGCGUAAUGUGGAAGAUGGUUCCUGCACUCCUCAAAAAAGGCAGUUAGUUUCUCAUUCAGCUUGCACUGGGACCCCACCAAGACGAGGAACUUCACCAGAAGUUGGAACACCUCGGAAGUCAGCUCCUGGUACACCACAUAGAAAACCAGUACAAAACAAAACGGGUGCUGGCACCCCUAAGGUCAGCCUGUCCCUUACUAGUGGCAUCCGAGAGAAUAGAUCUGCACAGCAGAGCAUACCGGUACCAAGAACUCAACUGUUUGUGGCAUGUACAGGCUUUCCAAGGCCACUUGCAGCAAAAAUUAAGCAAUUGCUCACAUCACUUGGCAUAAAAUAUUGUGAUCGUGUUGGCCCAGAAACGACACAUGUUGUUGUUCGGCCAAAUUCAUCUGGUCUUCCAGAAAAAACUUUGAAGUAUUUGCAAGCAGUUGCUGCAGGGAAGUGGGUUGUUGGCCCUGGUUGGAUUGACCAGACAUGUAAGAACCGCUGUCCUGCUCCAGAGGAACCAUACGAACUUCCAGAUUGCCUUGGAGGCAGCGGACCACGUAAGUCACGGCUGGCAUCCACUCCACUCUUCCAUGAUUUUGUUUUCUGCUGUGUUGGACCAUUCAGUGCUACUGCUGUUGAUGACCUUAAGGAGUUGCUGUCAUUGACUGGUGCAUUAGUGGUAGAGAGCCCUCAUCAAAUGAAGACCCGGCCUCAGUCACGGCACGUCAUCUUGGCUGAGGAAGACCCAGCAAGAGAAGGCUUCUUUGCAGAACUCUUCAGACAGUAUGGUAUAGCACCAGUUUCACUGGAUUGGGCCCUAGAGUGCAUCUCCUGCCACAGCCUCAUAUCAGUACUUGGAUCACUGCUUGCACCUGUAACUCGUGAACAACUGGCAGGCCCUCCGAUAAGUUUUCCGCCAGAAUGUCUACUUAGUGAAGAAGAGGAGGAUGAUGAUGAAGAGGAAGAAUGUGAUGAUAACAACAGGUAGCAGAACUGAAGUCAUAUAUUGAGUUUGUCAUAUGAAUUUACAGGCCCACGAAUUUCUACAAAACUGUGCAAUUGCAUUAUGUUGCCUGGUGUGAAUAUAGAUUUAUAUAAAUAUUUUUUUAAUACUGUAAAUAAUGUUUUAUAGGCAUUAAAGGUACAAAAUACUGUGUGUUUUCUUGUGAAUAACGGGAGUACCUUUUUAUUACAUUAUUAGGUGACCACAGUAGCAAUAAAAAUAUGGACUCUUGGUCUGUAUUUGUUUCAUUUAUGUGGUAUUUGUUUAGUUGUAAACUGGUCUAGAACAUUAGAAUCUUGUGAUGUAACUUGGAUAGAAAUGAACCGAAUCAUGAUUACUUCAAUUUGAAUUGUCAUCCUUUCCAAAAGAGAAUCAGUAUGGUUUUUAAGUUCCUGUUUGAACUGCAAUGUUUAUAAUGUUCAUUGCAAUACUGUAUAUCUGUACAUAGAAAUGACAUAAAUUUGUAUAGUAUAUUUUCUACGUGCAACUCUGAGGAAUGGAGUAA